GGGGGAUGCAUGUUUUAUGUGUGUGAGAGUGAAAAAAAGAGAUGUAUGCCUUCCUCCUUCAGGAAAUGAUUUGCUUGCUGCUCUUCACAUUCCCUGCAGGGGGAGAACGAGAUAGACGUAGGGGAGUCACACUCACACACACACACACACAGCUCACACACUAUACACACCACAUCAGCUCUGACACACAUAUGGUAGCUUGCACCGCACAGCACGCUGGUAUCGCUGUGUAAUAAACAUGCACAUGAGCUGGUGACACACAGCACUGUCAGGCUGAUUUGUGGGCAUGUCACACACUGACAGUUCCUCCAGAUGAAGCUCUGUUGCCUUCGGCCAAAUGCAGCUGUGACAUCUACACAUAGAGAGUUGUGUCUCCUACAUCCCCCCCCCAGUCUGUCACAUCCAUAUUCAGCUGAUCAGCGUAGUGUGACCAUCUUCGCUCAGCAGGGACGCUUGUUCUGAUGUAUGACAUGUUUAUUCCACCUGACAUCAUUGGUUUGUGAUCUAUGAACUUCUGGGUAGCACUCAGUUUUGUGGCCUGGUGCCAUGCUCUGCAAUACCUGCCAUAAUGUCAGCUUGUGGCUCAUUUACAGAGCAUGUCUGGAAGCCAGGAGAAUGCAAGAACUGCUUUCAGCCCAAAGGCCACCACCAGUUAUCAGCUCUUGGCAGAGGUGCUGGACAGCCACCUCCUCCUCCUCCACCACCUCCUCCCUACCGAGCACAACAUGCCAAAGUCAACCAAAGCCAGCGACCACGUACCACCACUGGCUUCAAGCCUCCUGUGGCCAAGAAACCCACAAUUGCUGUCAAACCCACUAUGAUAGCAGUUGAUGGAGCUGGCAGCCAUCCUUUACAAGGUCAAGCCAGAUCACCCCUGCCCAUUUCAAACACCAGAACCCAAGCACCUCCUGCGGUUUGUAAUGAUGAUCGCACAAAUAACAAUACAGGGGUAGAGCAGACAGUCUCUAAUAACAAUCAUGUGGCUAGCAGUGGACUUGCAGAAGUUUUGAAGGAGAUAGCUGGAUUAAGUAGCCCAUCUGAAUCUGUGUUUCAACCAGAAGGAACUCCUCGAGAAAAUUUUCUGUGUCGUAUCAACCAGUGUUAUAGACGAUCUCUAGAGAGAAAGCCACCUGCCAGUUGUUUAUCUUGCAGUCAUUAUGAUGGAGGUGAGUCAAAGAAAAGUGUUCGAAAAGUAGCAGUAAGUGGAGAAGAAAGUGCAAUCAUCGGAAUGGAUGGUGGACGCUUCUGUUACCCAGAAUUUUCCAGCGGAGAUGAAAGCUGGGAUGAAGAAGAUGAAGGAGGCAGAGGAGAGCGGGAAAGCUGGGAAGAGAGUGAUGAAGAACUAUUGGCCAUGGAGAUCCGUAUGAGGGGGCAACCACGUUUUGCCAAUUUACAAAGUGGCAGUUUAUCUCCAGUGCAAGGAAGACUGGGGAGAAGAGCAAAAUGGAACACUGUGCCAUUAAGACAAAAAUCACUGCAGAGAGUUUGUGCUGUGGACUAUGAUGAUAGUUAUGAUGAAAUUUUAAAUGGCUGUGAGGUUAUAGGAGAAGUUCAUGAAAUAAAUGCCAUCUCACCUUCUCCUGAUCCCUCAAUGGUGGAUUCUUUAUCUUGUCCUCCCUCAUCCUCAUCCUCAUCUUCUUCCUCCUCCUCUUCCUCCUCAGGGGGACUGUUUUGCAAUGGAAGCAUAGGGACAGAGAAAGCAGUGUGUCUUGGGCCAGAUGGUAUAAUGCAAGAUGUUGUUCAAGAUGCUGGUAUGGCUCAGGCACAGCCUUAUCGUGUGGUGAGCUUGGAGCAUCCUGUCUGUAAGCCAUAUACAGUAGUUGAUGUUUCUGCUGCAAUGGCUGGAGAGAGUGCUUCCCGUGUAAACACAAGAGUUAAGAAGUCAAGCUCGACCCGCUACCAGGAGGUCUGGACAUCAAGCACUAGCCCUCGACAAAAACUUGCAAAGACUGAGACAGCAGAAGAACCUAAUCGAAGCUGCUAUAAGUCAGCCCCAACCUCUCCUAUUGCUGGAUUGAGUGCCCAUACUGUACCUGUUCGUUCUCCAAAUUUGUCAGAAAUUAAAUUCAAUAGCUACAACAAUGCAGGAAUGCCACCUUUUCCCAUUAUAAUUCAUGAUGAACCAGAGUAUGCCCAUAGCUGCAAAAGCGCUGACAAAGUGCCCAUCCUUAUUAACCCUAGUGCUUAUGAUAACUUAGCUAUUUACAGAAGUUUUGUGGGUGCUGGUGGAGUCUUUCCACCUCCCCCAGACAAAGAAAAACGACAGACAGGAAGUCAUACAUAUGAGGAAAUAGAAACUCCGGCAAGAAUAAAAAAAAAAGAAGAAUCUGCCGAUGUGGCUCUUCAUGAGACAGGUGGCUGUCCUAGGGAGAGUGCCAACCGUGUUUUGUCUCAGAUUGUGGCAUCCAUCCAGCCACCUCGCUCCCCACCGGAGGCUCUUACUCCUGAGUCUCACAGCAGUGAUGAACAUCGGCCGACAGAAACCCAGUCAGACCCAGAAGUCCCUCCAGGUUCUUUGGGAAGGCCAAAAACGUUAUUUUGCUCACAAAGAGAAACUUUGGGGAAUGUUAGUUUAAACAAAACAUCUCCUGCACUAUCCAGCGAUGACAGCCCAACUGUGUCUUCUACAACCGAGCCUCUUCCACCUUUCCCACCUCCACGUUCUACUUCUUCACCCUACCAUGCUAGUAUGCUUCACAAACAUUUUGCAACUCGAGGGAAACCAGUGGGCACAAAUCGCCCAUCGCCAACUGACACUUCAACACAGCCACGCCGGCCAGCAGAUGGCAAACCACGCCGUUGGAUAUCCUUCAAAAGUUUUUUCAGGAGGAAGAAAGAGGGAAGUGGUCAAGGAGGCUGUGAAGACAGAGAUGAGGGUAAACUGGUGGGGAUAGAUGGUACAGUUAUCCACAUGCUUCCUCCACCACCAGUUCAAAGACACCAUUGGUUCAGUGAAAGCCGAGGAGAGGAGGGAGAAAAGCCAUCUAUUGUGUUUGUGUAUCGGUCAGAAGAUGAAAGAACAACCACCAGCCCACAGGAAAACAUGGAUUCUGAGACAAAGUCUAGCAGCACCCCAGAAGAUAUGCCUGCACAAGGCUCUCCUUUAGCACCCAUGUUGCCCCCUUUGCCAGGUGAUCAGACUGUGACGGACCCUUCACCCACCCCUCCGGACACUGAUGUUCAGACUCGUGAGAAGACAGAAGUUGUUUCCGACAGUUCAUCAGACUGCAGCCCAGGGGGAGCCACCUACAGCAACUUAGGUCAUUCCCGGGCAAAUAUGAUCCCAUACAAGCAGCCUCGGCAGACUCGUGGUGGAAGCCCUCCUGAAGAACCAGAGUCACUUGUUUCUCCUCCUCCCCUUCCAAAGAAGAAUCAGACACCGCGACAGUGCACAACGGAUAGGACACCUGGGACAGUACUGAACCUGGGCAAUCCCACGUAUGAUACGGAGCGCAGCUGGGAGGUUGGUGGAAAUGAGUCAGGAGAUUCUAUGGAAAAACCCAAGAGUUCAGGGGGAAGGAUCGCAGAGCUACAAGCUGAGGCCCUUCGCCGGUUCUUUGCCCGUUGUGAGGACAUCUUCAUGGCAGGACAAAGAGAACCAGUCAGCUUUGGAUUGGAGAGUUGGCCAGAUUUCCGACUUGCUGGUAACACACCUUGUUGCCAGGCUGGAGAUGCUGUAUAUUACCGGGCAUCAUAUGCUCGGGACCCUGGGAAUCUCUAUGCUGUAAAGAUCUGCCGCAGCAAGUCUAAGCAAGCCCAGAGGGAAUAUUACCAUUGCCUGGCAAUACGGCAAGGCCUCACAGAACAUUUCAACAUCCAGCAGGAUUGUGGGCAAUUUUUGGCUGAAGUACCAGCUCGCUUGUUGCCUUGGGAGGAUCCGACUGUAUCAGAAGAAGAGGAGGAGGAAGAAGAAGAAAAGGAUGGGGAAACUGUAAAAUUAUCCACAGAAAGCAAGGAGGCCCUAGGCAGGAACCAGAAGUGUACUUCUUCUUUAUCUAAUCAAGGGUCACUGGGUAAAAGGAGAAGUCGGGUGGUGGUGAUUACACGAGAACCCCCUAGACAGACACUUGCAGAGUUUGUAAGGGAGGGAGAGUUCCAGCACCGCAGGGAUCCUGAGAUGUAUGAACGACAAGUGUGCUUACUGCUGCUUCAGUUGUGUGGGGCGCUGGAGCAUUUAAAAGCGCAGGGAAUAACACACUGUGACCUUCGACUAGACAACCUUGUGCUUGCUAGCUGCCGCCCUGGUGAUACAAAGUGUAGCUGCUGCCGUAAGUCUGCUACAGAAGAGCAAAACGAGCACCCCAAGGACAAAGGUCCCUCUGAACAGAGAGCUUUUCCAUCAUGUGCUGGUCGACUGCUCCUCACCAACUUUACCCAGGCUAAGCUGAAGAGCCAGAGUGUUUGGCGACCACAGGGCUUGGGUGAUCCAUCACGGAUGGCUCCAGAGAUUGUGGGAGCAACACAAUACAGAAGGAGUGAUGAGUUCCAGACUGGGAUCCUCAUUUAUGAGUUGUUGCACUUAGCUAACCCCUUCCUAGAUGGGGGCUUGAAGGAACGGGAAUAUGGACCUUGUGAUUUGCCAGCUGUGCCACGUCGCUCUCCUUACUCACGUGGUCUAGGACGACUUGCAGGACUUCUUUUGCAGCAUAGCCCUUCAGAUCGGUUACAGGUGGGACAAGCCAAGGCAGCACUUCGCUGCUUAAUUUGGGGGCCGCGGGAUGAUGUGCUGCAAGGACCAGGAUCUCUACAUAACUGGUUAGAGGUGAAGAGGACAUUGCUCCUAAUAAAACUGGCAGAGCGAGCUCUUGAAAGAGAAGGUGGAGUGACUCUAGAGGACUGGUUGUGCUGUCAGUACCUGGCAUUCGGCACAGCCCAGGGACUAGCACAGACUCUACGGCUACUGGAACAAAACUGAGGGCCAUUAUUGUGUCCAAAUCCUCCAUGGUCUGUGUGCAAUAGCUGGGAAUUCCCACAAAGGCUCCGUUUAAGAAGCUUGAACGUCCAGUGUUAUAUACCACUUCCUUCCUGCACAGUCAGGCAGAUACCUGCACAAGAAAGAUAGGAGCAAAUACUUUCUCAGAUUCACUAAAUUAUGUUUUUACAGUUUUCACUCUAACAAUACGCAUACGUAAAAUGCAGAAUAGUUUAUUAUGCCAGCACAUAAUACACUGCUAAUCUCCCUUUAGUCAUGGAACCAAUUUAUUGUUCAUCCUGUACUCCCAUUUUGAAAAGGUUUGGAAUCCGUUGUAAGCUGGUAUUCUAUCAAGGAAGCACAGUAACAUACAAAAUUCAUAUUAUUAGAAACGCUUUAUGUACCUUCAUUUCUAUUCUUUAUGUAGAAGGAGCCCACAAGCUCUGCUGUCUUCAGUAAAUACAAAACGAUAUUCGCCUGCUACCGCUUUUGUGCAAUGUACGGCUUGGCAACAGACAUAAACGCACAAACGACUUUCAUGUAAUUUAUUUGUAAUAAUUUGCACUUGAAGUAAGCUGUGAUUGCCUACAUAUUUAUUUCGCUUUCUACAGUGCAAUUGGCACUGCUUUGUGACUCUAGUAAACAAAGAGUUGUCACAAAUGUAUUGUAGUCAUGCUAGGCAAACCAAUUUUUUUAUUUACCAACUUAUAAACACACACACAUUCUGCAAUAAUAAAUCACCCAUUGCCGGAGAUACAUGCUUAGUCACAAGGGAAGCACACAGGUCCACUAUCUCACUCACUAACAAGAUAGGAAUGUACACAGUAUAGCUCAUGCCUGGAUUUACAUAAGACUUGCUAUGCUAGAAGAACUGCUAAGAUCUGCCCGGCUGUGCAGGGAGAGAUUACCAGAAAUAGUAUUAAUAUGAAUUGUUUUAAUCUGAAUGCUUUUAAUACCAUAAAUCCAUAUUUAUAUUUAUAUACAGCCACACAUGCAGUAUCUAUAAAGAACCACACUCAUAGUGUUACAAUUCAUAUAUGUACGCAUAUAUACACAUGAAGACAGAAGCGUCCUUUGACGCUUCAAAUUCCUUCUCUAAUGGGUAGUGGGUUACUCUUUACUUUUCAGUGCUACAAGGCAUUUCGUGUUAUCAGGUCCAAAGUGCCUCACUGUGUAAGAGAGAACUCCACUUCUCAUUACAUCUUUUUCUGUAGGGGCUGAUGGGAGCCGGUACACUUCUAAGUGCCCUAUGCUCUCAUCUCUCCUUUCUUUCAUUUUUCUUGUGGUACUUUUCCCCCCCUUUAAAUGCUGAUGUUCCUACUAUUACUGUGUUAAUAAACCUCUUUUAUGGGA